CGGUUGGUAGCCUUUUGGAAGCUGCUAUUCUUCCGUUGUUGUUGCUAUCGCUUUCACCGCCAUCAUGGUGGCUGUCGACUUUUUUCAAAGAAAUUUUCCAAGAUUCUAUACAACUACUAUUCUGAGCUAGCUCUGCUUUCCCACGCCCGGCGUAUGUAUGGUCGCUGCCUUAUGAGGGACAACGAGCCGCAUUUUUACUCGGAAUGAAUUCAGUUGCGUUCUGUGUGUGGCGCGGGAUCAUUCAAAGUUGAAUACGAGUUGGUGGUUGAUAAGUCGGUUUUUAGCAGUUACAAACUUCCGCGGGCCUUGGCAAGUGAUUUGUCGCGAAAAUUGGUUCGUGAAAUUUGAAAGAUUUUCUUGAGAUUCGAUUGGUUCUGGCAUUGUCCUUGCACGUGAUAUUAUCGUACGAAUUAGGACGCAUCGCCGGGCUCCUGCCGGAGAAGCAGCAGGACAGCAACCAUUCGUCGUAUUUCUCUGAGGUCGUGGAAAUACUGCUGUUUUGCGUUUUUGUUUUCGUGUGUGCUUAAGUCAUUUUGCCUCCAGGCGAGAUAGAAAAAAGAAAACAGUUGAAAACCUGGCCAAGUGACUCGAGACUUUUAAAUCAUCCUUUCGGACUGUACUCGUAUUUAGUUUUUUUUGUGGCUGAAGAAGUGAAUGUGUGCCCGUUCGCUUGCUAUCCUGCGAGAAAGUUGCAGCACCUAACGAAUCAAAUAUAAGAACGAUAAGUAAACAAAAAUUGUUUCCUCUGAUGAAGAAAAAAUAUUCUCUAAACAAAUAUAAUUCAAAACUUCGGUGAAUUUGUAUCGUUAAUAGUGGAGUAAUGUUCAAAGAGAUAAAUAAGUAUAAAAAUGAUAUAAAUAUAAAAACCAUAUAAAUUUAAAAAUGAAAUAUCAAUCGUUUUCGGAAAAUUAGUGUUUGAAAUAUAAUAAAUAUAAUAAAGGACACCAAAUAGAAAUAGAAUAAUUCAACUGCUGUGUUGUUUAGUGUGACUUAAUCGUGAUCUUAUAAUACUUUUAUAACUAUCUUACAGAAGUUGGUUAUUUAUGUGUUUGUGGUGCAUGUGUAAUUUUUAUAAAAUUUCUGUUCGAACAACUCAACGUCAACAUCAAAUAAACAACAAGGAUAAAAAUAACGAAAUGGGUUUAGUACCGAAGGAUGAUGAUAAAUUAUUCUUGAGUUUGCAAAGUCAGCGUUUUUAAUCCCGCUUUAAAGGAGUAUUAAAUAAAUAUAAUAAACGUAAUAAAAUGAAAUAAAUAUAAUGUAUAUAACAAAAAAAAACGAAACUCCAAUUGGCAUGUUAACAACACUAGUAAAUAAAACUUUUUCAGAAGUAUUUUUUCAUUAAAACUAUACUAACUGUGCUAAAUUACAAUUGUGCUUGUGUGUGUCGCGUAUUUCCUGAAAUAUAUAUUGAAAGGAUUUGGGAAAUAUAUAUGAAAAAUAUUAGAUUUCCCAAGAAAAUAGUAUAUAAAAUCACUUUAUAAUUUUGUAAAUAAUAAUAUAGAUUAAAUGAUAUAAUUGUAACUGGUAGUGUUCGAUAGUGUAUGUGGUGCAGUUAAAAGUUAUCAUCAAAAAUUAAAAAGAGAAUAGAAUCUAUUAUGAAAAGAAGAGCCCUUCUUAAAUAAAAAUAUCAGUGAAAAGUGAAUUGAAAAGUUAGUUUGGUUAUAUAUUUUAAUAAUUGCAGUGUUGUAGUUAAAAAGUCAAAGCUAAUCUAGGGAAAUGUUUAUAAUAUAUAAAUAUUAAUGCUGAUAUUUACUAUGUGAUAGCUGCCGCAAUUGUUGCGUUGCCACCGACAAAGUUGAUUUUCUCUUCUUCUUUUUAAUGUUGCAAAUAAUGAAUAAUUACUAGGAAAGUGAAGAAAUAUAGAUUUUCCACUAAAAGUAAAAUAAUAAAUAAUAAAAUAAAAACCAUAAUAAAUAAUUGUGAAAUAAUUAAAAAAUUAUAAUAAUAUUGAUAAAAAACCUGCAAUAAAUAAAAUUGAUAUAAUUAGUUUCACUAUAAUUAACAUACAAACAAAGAUACCAUAAUCUUUGAAAAUUAAUAAUUUUUUAUAUAUAACAAAAAUAUCAAAUAAAAUCAUAUAAAUAUGCCACUGUUUGGUAAGAAGGAUUCAGCGAAAAAAUCGAAAAAGGAUUCUAGAGAUCCAGACAGACAGAUCCAGAUUGAUGAGAAAUUUAGUCUUAAGGAAUUACUUGGAACUGGUGCCUUCUCUGAGGUUCGUUUGGCGGAAAGUCGAGAGAAUCCUGGACAACUUUUUGCCGUAAAGAUUAUCGAUAAAAAAGCGCUAAAAGGAAAAGAGGACUCACUGGAAAAUGAGAUAAAAGUACUUCGAAGGUUCAGUGCUAAUCAAAAUGAUGGUGAUGGGCAAACAGGUGGACAGCGAUUAACACAUCCAAAUAUAGUUCAACUCUUGGAAACUUAUGAAGACAAGACGAAAGUUUACCUAGUUAUGGAAUUAGUAACCGGAGGUGAAUUAUUUGAUCGAAUAGUUGAAAAAGGUUCAUACACUGAAAAAGAUGCGUCUGAUUUAAUACGACAAGUUCUAGAGGCAGUAGAUUAUAUGCACGAACAAGGAGUGGUCCAUCGUGAUUUGAAGCCUGAAAAUCUCCUUUACUAUAGUCAAGAGGAAGAUAGCAAAAUAAUGAUUAGUGAUUUUGGAUUAUCGAAAAUGGAAGACUCCGGUAUCAUGGCAACAGCCUGUGGAACACCGGGGUAUGUGGCGCCUGAGGUUCUAGCACAAAAACCAUAUGGUAAAGCAGUGGAUGUGUGGAGUAUAGGAGUUAUAUCGUAUAUAUUGCUAUGCGGCUAUCCGCCGUUCUACGAUGAAAAUGAUGCCAACUUAUUUGCUCAAAUUUUAAAAGGAGAGUUUGAAUUCGAUUCACCAUAUUGGGACGAAAUUAGUGAUUCAGCUAAGGAUUUCAUCCAAAAUUUAAUGUGUGUCAGUGUGGAGAAAAGAUAUACGUGUAAACAAGCAUUAGCGCAUCCAUGGAUAUCGGGCAACGCAGCUAGUAAUAAAAAUAUUCAUGGCACUGUAUCUGAGCAACUUAAAAAGAAUUUUGCAAAAUCACGAUGGAAGCAAGCGUAUCAUGCGGCAACGGUUAUCCGACAAAUGCAGCGAAUGGCUUUAAGUAGUGGUAGCAGCGGUAGUAGCGUCACAACCAGCGGUAACGGAUGUGGAAAUACCAAUCCGGCUAGCGGUGGAGGGGGCUGCGUUCGCACUGCAGUUGGUAAUAGUCGCUGUGAAAACAACACAGUUAAUGGUGGUCCUCCAAAAUAAUUUAUUCCGCUUCUUUUUUAUUAAAAAAAAACACAAAAAAACAAACAAAAGCAAAAAACGAACGGAAAAAAAAUAUUUUAAAAAAGUCUCUAAAAUAGGAUUAGUCAAGGAAAUUGAAUUAAAAUAAUAACAUGAUACGUUAAAAAUUGUAAAUGUAUGUAAAAAAUCAAAAUAAAUUGCAAAAAAGCAAAAUGUUCCAAACUAAGGACACAACUACUAAACAAAGAAUUAAAGAAUCAAUUUGAUAUUCAUCCGAGGAAUUAGUGGAGCUUUUCUGUAAAAAAGAAAAACAUAACAAAAAAAUGAUUAAAUGCAAGCAAAAGAAAUGAAGGAGGCAAACAAAUACUUCUUUGCUUCUUCCUUUUUUUAAUAUCUCUUCUACGUGAUUCCUCAUUAUUACUAUUACUAUUAUAACAUGUUCCUCUUUCUUUGUUCAUAUGAUUCGUGGGAAUGAUAUUUAGGAAAUCUAUCGAAAACUACAUACAAAUUUAAAGAGUUUAAACGGAAAUGCGGAAUACACAAACUUAACUUCAUACGCUAUGGUUUUCUAACGUUAAAUAUGUCGGAAAAAAAUGUUUUAUUAAAGAAAUUAUGGUAAAAUAAAUAAAAACAAAUGAAUAGGAUAAAUACAUAAAUGGGGAAAUAAAAAAACUGUGACUAUAUUUUAA